AUGUCCACCAGCAGCGUGUUUACUCCUCUAGUGCCGCCAUCGACUGCGACGUUGCUGGAGCAGGCCUAUGCUAAGACCAACUUAGACAAGAAUAAUGCAAUGGCAGCCACUCUGCGUUCGACUCUCACCAAAUCCAAGCGAGAGAAAUCAAAGGCUACAGCUCUGCGUACACCGCAGGAGAUGCGUUCCACGAUUAUAAUGCGUCUCACAGAACUGCGAGAGCGGAAUGAUGAGCACAAUGCGACCGUUGCGCGCAUUGAGGCCGAGCUGAAAUCUUUGAAGCUGCAACAAAACGAGUGCAAACAAAAUGCGCCAACGGCGGCGGCUAAAUAUAAAUUCUAUCAGGAGAUCAAAUGUUAUGUGAACGAUUUGAUCGAUUGUCUGGCGGCCAAGUCAUCGUUAAUAAAUGAUUUGGAGAAACGCGCCCUGCAACUCUAUAGUAAAAAUCAACGCUAUUUGGUUAAUAGAAGGCGGCAAGAUGUCCGCGAUCAGGCAAAGGAAAUGGCGGAGGCUGCAAAACCUGUGUUAGCAGCAGCACGUCGAACACCGGAAUACGAGGAGCAAGUACGUCGAGCGGCUGAGCGGGAAGGUCGACGCACGCGUCGGCGUUGCGAACGUGAGCGAAAUUAUUUGUUAGCCACGCAUCUGGAUGGCAUGUCCAGCGAUGAUGAGAUAGCCGAUCAACAACAGGAACAGUGCUUAGCAACGAAAGCGUUGAUCGAGACGCAAGCAGCGGAGGCAUUUGAAGACGUUAACGAUGAUUUCUGUAAAAUUGAUCUGAUACUCAUUAAGUUCUAUGCAUGGCGUAAAACGGAUAUGGGUUCGUAUCAAGACGCGUUUGUCAGUCUUUGUCUGCCCAAGUUGCUUGCACCACUUGUACGUCACGAGCUGCUCCUCUGGUCACCGUUGCUGGAGGAAUAUACAGAUAUUGAGACGAUGCAUUGGUAUCAAGCCUGUAUGCUCUACGCUUGUCAGUCGAAUGAAUCGGUUGAACAACUCAAACAGGAUCCGGAUCUCAACCUUGUGCCUUCGCUUAUAGAAAAGAUUGUAUUGCCUAAAGUGAAUUCUCUGGUCGCGGAAUGUUGGGAUCCAUUGUCCACGACGCAAACGCUACGUCUGGUUGGCUUCAUCAACCGCCUGACUCGCGAAUUCCCGCUCAACAGCAGCAAUAAGCAAUUGAAAAAGCUUUUUGAGACAAUCAUGGAACGCAUGCGACUCGCACUCGAAAAUGAUGUUUUCAUACCCAUUUUUCCUAAACAGGUGCAAGAGGCGAAAGGCUCGUUCUUUCAACGUCAGUUUUGCAGUGGCCUUAAACUGUUUCGCAACUUUCUUAGCUGGCAGGGAAUACUGGCAGACAAACCCCUAAGAGAACUAGCAAUUGGAGCUCUAUUGAAUCGCUAUCUACUAAUGGCCAUGCGGGUGUGCACACCAAAUGAUGCUAUUAGCAAAGUCUCUAUUAUUGUGAAUACAUUACCAACAGUUUGGCUGCUGACGAACAGCGAUACGCUAAAGAAUUUGGAGGUAUUCAUUAGCUAUAUACGACAAACUUUGGACAAUUGCGAUGCCACCAAUCCACUACUUAUGCAAUCCUGCGACAAGGCCAAGCAAAUAUUACAAAGACUACAUAGCUUAUAAAGUAAAAUAAUUAAUACAACUUACACAUUUAUCAGAAUUUAUACUUAGCUCAAUGAUGGCUUGUGGUAUGGUAUUGGCUUUUGGUAUGUCGAAGCAUAAGCAAAUAGUCCAGAUAAACAAAAUAGAGAGCAUAGUAUUAAACAACUCCCGCAAUAACUGGCUGCUCUAUUAAACGUCGCUCAUACUUGACACGAUUCGGUCUUUAAACUUAUAUGAGAACAGAUUGUAAAUACCUUUAUAAGCAUGUUUAAUUAUAUAAUUGAAUUUUUAUGAGUUUUUUAGGUAGACAGAAUGGUUAA